AUGCCGCUUAUGAGAAGAUGGAAUUUCUGCGCCGACGAUCUCCUGGAGUACGACAACUACUCGGUACGGAUUGCGCUCCUAGCCGCUCGCAUAAACCUUCUCGGUCUUUCGAUUCUGUCAUCGCCUGUGGACUGCGUGAGCGCAGCUGCACGUCGUCUGGAUGAAAAAUGCCAGACGCUUCUCGAGCAGGCGUACUACGAAGCCAAAUACGGCAAGGGAAGCAGGCGACGCCUGAAAGAGAUAGAGAGACAAUUGCUUGAGAACAAAGCUAAGGCGGAGACACUCAAAGAAGAUGUCGAAACCUCCAAGAAACUGGACCUGUAUCAGGGUCAUGACGACUGGAAGGCGACCCACGAAAGCAUCGAACCGGACUACCAACCAGAUGUCAUCCGGAAACACAUUUCGGCGCUCCAAGAUGCCGUCCGAUCGCAAAAUGUACAGCAGAUAUACUCAGCGCUACAAUCAGCCUUGGACCGGCACCUAGGUGGAAUGGACAACAUUAGACUGUACAAACAUUCUUGGUUCGGCACCAAAAGUUUGAUCGACGUGUACAACUCAACCGUGAAGCUCACUAUUGAGGAACUUGUCGAACGGAUGUCGCUGCCAAGUGUUACCAAGGCAGACAUUGUCAUCUGUAGGAAUACCAUGCAAAAAGCCCUGGAUAACUACGGCCGCACAGCAUUGAGCUUCUCUGGGGGUGCAUUGUUGGGGAUGAAGCAUAUCGCGUCGCCAAAGGACUGCUGCAGUGCUGGAAGCAUUGUGGCCGCUGUUGUUGCAACUCGAACGCCGUCAGAGAUGAAGGAUGCGUUGCUGCAUUUCCCGGACUCGAACCUUAGCGUCUUUGAUGCGCCCGCUUCCCAAAAUGGCACAAUUGCCUGGUGCUACCGAAGGCUGGGGACAUAUUGGAGAACUGGAAGCUGGUUCGAGCCUACUUAUCUGGAGCGAGUAAUGAAGGAAUGGCUCGGAGACAUGACUUUCAUCAAGGCACACAACAAGACACAUCGGGUGCUCAACAUCGCUUUAUCGAAGGCUUCAACCGCAGAACCGGUCAUCCUGAACUACAAAACUGCUCCCAAUGUCUUAAUCUGGUCUGCAGUAUGCGCUAGCUGCGCAGUGCCAUAUGGAGUGUUUCCCGGGGCGUCUGUUUAUGAAAUGGAUCCGGCGACCAAACAACAGCGGGUAUGGAUGGAGAAUGCCAGAGCUCAGAAGCCAUUUGAUUAUGUUGAUGGGUCGCUCGACCACGAUAUACCGAUGCAACAGCUCCAGCGCCAAUUCAACGUAUCAUGGUCGAUUGUCGCGCAGACCAAUCCUCACGUUCGAGCAUUUCUGAGCCCGGAGGAAAGAUUCGAGGGCAUACAGCCUACCUCGGCCGAGCUACAUCCAAGCAUGUCGCAAAAGGUCAAGAGUCGCGUACACGCAAGCCUCGUUCGUGUCGCUCAUGUUGCAGCUGAGUGUGGGUUUCCUCCAGCCUUGUGGAGGUGGGGUGCGAUAUUGACGCAGCAGUACACGGGCGACAUCACUAUCCUGCCGGACAUCACGUGGAAGGAAGCUUGCACCAUGGUCGCCAAUCCAACAGCAGAAUUCAUGCGACAGGCCACUCGUGACGGAGAGCGAGCGACUUGGCCCAAGAUGGCCCGCAUCAGGACGACCGUGGAGAUCGAGCUCGCAUUAGAAAGAGCAAUUCGUGACUUAAAUGCGCUGAUUCACUUGCCGGAGGAUGGCCGACAGCAUCGCGCUCGCUCGAUGAGGCAAGAACGUCGCGCUGCCAGCCCGCCACAUUUUCUGCGGUCGAGUAGCGUGGGUAACAGGAGCCCACGGACAAGCAUCGACGAGUCGUCAGGCUCGGAUGAUCGUGAUCAGCAAGAUAUAAAGCCUGGGCCCCUUCGACGAAAUUCCAGCCUGGGAUCAAUUGUUCUGCCUUCGGAAGUCACGACCGGGUCGCUAAUGCCGACGGUGCCACUUCUGGCACCUCAGAACGGUGUGAACCGUAUGACGUUUGCAAUGACGCCUUUGGACGUGUAA